AUGGCAGCGAAGUCGGACGGCCGCGGGGUCGUCACCGGGUUCGCGCAGCUGCAGGACCUGGACGACCCUCGCGAUGGCAGCUCGUUUCACAUCUGCCACUGCUGCAACACGUCUUCGUGCUACUGGGGCUGCCGGAGCGCGUGCCUGCACUACCUGCGCGGGAAGGGGCGCGGGAAACGGGGGGACACCACGCACGAGCAGCGCCUCUGGCUUGACUGCCUCUGGAUAGUCUUGGCGCUGGUCGUCUUCUUCUGGGACGUCGGUUCGGAUCUGUGCCUGGCAGCGCACUACUAUCACCGGCGGGACUUUCUGUGGUCCGGACUCACCUUGUUCUUUGUGCUCGUACCCUCGGUCCUGGUCCAGAUCCUCAGCUUCAGGUGGUUCGUGCAGGACUACACCGGGGGAGGACUGGGCUCCGUGGAGGGGCUCAGCAGCCGCAGAGCCACGGCCACUCUGCAGCGGCAGGACGCGUGCUGUCGCCUGUCCGUGUGGGUCUGGCAGACUGUGCUUCACGUCUUUCAGCUGGGACAGGUGUGGAGAUACAUCCGGACCAUGUACCUGGGCAUACAGACGCAUAGACAGAAGGAGAACCAGCGGCGCUUCUACCUGGCCAUGAUGUACGAGUAUGCGGACGUGAACAUGCUACGGCUGCUUGAGACCUUCCUAGAGAGUGCCCCCCAACUGGUGCUGCAGCUCUGCAUCAUGAUCCAGAGCAACCAGGCUGAGGGGCUGCAAUGUAUGUCUAUCCUGUCCUCCCUUCUGUCUUUAGCCUGGGUGCUAGCCUCAUACCACAAACUCCUGCGUGAUUCCCGUGAUGACAAGAAGAGCAUGAGUUACCGCGGUGCCCUGGUCCACCUUUUAUGGCGCCUCUUCACCAUCUUCUCACGGGUGCUCUCCUUUGCCCUUUUCGCCUCAGUUUUCCACAUCUACUUUGGCAUUUUUGUGGUGCUCCACUGGUGUGCCAUGGCUUUCUGGGUCAUCCAUGGUGGCACUGACUUCUGCAUGUCCAAGUGGGAGGAGGUGUUGUUCAACAUGGUGGUCGGUGUGGUCUAUGUGUUCUGCUGGUUUAAUGUGAGAGAGGGCCGGACCCGCUACCGGAUGGUGGCCUACUACACCGUGGUACUGUUGGAGAACACUCUCCUCAGCUGUCUGUGGUAUGCCUAUCGGGACCCAGUCACUACAGACGCGUAUGCCUCCCUCGCCCUCUGCGGCGUUUUCCUGUGCUUUGCCUCAGGUGUGGUCUGCAUGGUGCUCUAUUACAGUGUCCUGCACCCUAUGGGCCCGCGCCUGAGGGUGCUGGCCAGCUCCUGCUGUGCUGAGCUCUUAUGGGGUCUCCCACUGCCUCCAGAGGCAGAACCAAUGGCGCCUACUCCAGGUCCUCGAGGGUCCCAGGCCACUCCCACUCGGGGCCUGACUGCAGACCAGGAGGAGCUGGAUGAAACUGCCACGGACACUUGCCUUCCUGUGUUCCAGGUGCGCUCCACAGAACCAGUAGACGCUGCGGGGCGGCCCAUCAGGCCUGAAGGCCCCCUCAUCAAAAUAGACAUGCCCAGAAAGCGUUAUCCCGCCUGGGAUGCACACUUUGUGGAUCGGCGCCUGCGCAGGACCAUAAAUGUUCUCCAGUUCAUAAGCCCUAAUGCAGUGGGCAUCAGGUACAGAGAUGGCCCGCUUCUGUAUGAACUCCUGCAGUACGAGUCAUCCCUCUGA